GAAAAGGAACAUGGCGCAGAGCAGUAACUGGUUGUCGGGGGUGAAUGUGGUGCUAGUGAUGGCCUAUGGCAGUCUGGUGUUCGUUCUGCUGUUUAUCUUCGUCAAGAGGCAAAUCAUGCGCUUUGCAAUGAAGUCUCGGCGGGGGCCACACGUGCCGGUGGGACACAACGCGCCAAAGGAGCUGAGGGACGAGAUAGACAUUCGCCUCUCUAAGGUCCAGGACAUCAAGUUUGAGCCUCAGCUUUUAGCAGCAGGGGAUGAGCGCUUACUGCAGCUGGACAGGCCUGGCCAGGAAGGAAGCUAUCAUUAUUUAUACAGAAUGAAGACUGUGGAUGCCAUUAAGGAAACAGAUAUCCCUUUUCAAGAAAGCAAGAAGCACCCAAAGUCUCUGGUGGGCAAGAACUUCCGGGCCUUCCUGCUGGACCUUAGGAACUCCAGCUCGCCCUACAAAGGCAUCAGCAAGAGUUUAAUAGACUCCCUGCUGGACGGCUAUGAUACUGCUCGAUACGGCACUGGGAUCUAUGGGAAGAUUGAACAUGAGAAGUUUGUGGAAUCCCUGAGAGAGCUGUCGGCCAUUUUGCAAGCCAGAGAGGCGGGCAGCCAGAAACAGCGCCAGUCUGCAGCUAAAGAUCUGACCGCCUCCUCCGAGGCUCCGCCCACUCCCACCAUCCAGGUGACCUACCUGCCCUCCAGCCAGAAGAGCAAACGGGCCAAACAUUUCCUGGAGCUGAAGAGCUUCAAGGACAACUAUAACACCCUGGAAAGCACUCUCUGAGCCCAAGCGCCAUCAAUGACCAGUGGGUGGCGCUCAUGGUACUCGUUUCUGCAUCUCUAAGAGUCUUCUCUCCAGCAACGCGGCGUUCUGCUGGGCAUUCUGGGAUUUCAUUGAUGGUUGAGCUCUCCCAGUCAUAGUUGGUUACUAGUUGCAGAGAUGUUACAUCUGUCUGAAGAAGGGAGGAAGUGAAUGGACUACAGUGAUUUGUACAUAAUAACCUAGCUCGCGGCUAGGCAGCCAUAUUGUUCUCGUGGGUGCUUGCAGAACAGGGCUGGGGAGAACUUCGUAUUGCACCCCCAGUGACGAUACAAAUGACAUGAUAACUGUUUCACAAAAAGUUGAUGGAUACCUA